AUGCCUCAAAGACAACCGGUAGGACCGAGAGCUCCCAAGGAUGACUUCAUGCGGGCUCUGGGGUUGAGCACCACCGAUCCUCGCCAUGAGGGAUACUACCGCGCUAUGAGAGACGAGGCCAUUGCCGUGUACAGCAAACUGAACUCGGAUCGAACAAGUCUGAUAGACGAGAAAAGAAACGACUCAUCUACAACGCCUCCCUUCUUUUGGCACCACAUACGCCUGGACCGUCGCCGGCAAGCAAUCAUCGACACCUGGCAACAAGCGAAACCCGGCACUGUCCAACGAACACUCUUCGAUCUAGGCGCAACGACUGGGGAGCACGCUCCGAAUUGGGUGACCCUAUGGCUGCUGUACAGUGUCUUCCGCUCUCGGGAUAUUCGCAACAACCGAAAUCGGCGAGCUGGUGAAGGUGGUAGCACUGGAGGUAAGGACAAUCCUGCUCCUCUCGGCGCAUUGGACACUGAGUCGUUUCUGUAUGAUCCAGGUCAAAGUUCAGGUUCCAACGAUUCGCAGAUAUUCGACCCGGCCCGAGACAAAUAUGUUCGACGCUGA